GAAGAGUUACGAUACUUUCUGUUGACAAAGUAGUAUUUCACCCUAAUUAAAGUAUUUUCAUGCAAUAAAGUAAAAUAAAACAUAUAUUGAUAAUAUUGGGCCACCAUGAUGGUCAGUUGCGACUUCAUCUGUGUGUUUGCGGUGCUGAUAAACAAAGUGUGUCUGCAGGAAACAGUAGAGGCUGUUAUUGGCGGUUCUGUUCUCCUGCCGUGUUCUUCCACUGAAGAAGAUCAUAAACUUCGAGACAUUAAUGUGUUUUGGAGACACAAUGGCAGCAAGAUUGUGUGUGAUAUAAUUCCCAGCAGUCAUUCACUAGAGAAACAGGAUCCAGAGUAUAAAAACAGAAUUGAAACUUUUCCAGAGGAGUAUGAGAGAGGAAACUUCUCCAUCAAACUCAACAAACUUAUUUAUGCUGAUGGAGGAAAAUACACCUGCCUCAUCACACACUCAUCAGAUGCCUCAUAUCCUACUGUACAGCUGAUCAUUAUGGAAUCAACAGCAGGAAAACGAACCGUAUCGACUGAACAAGAAAAACAAGGAGAAACAGAACUGAACAGUGUGGAAACAUCAUCGCCUUGGCUCUGGGUUGGCAUUGCAUCUGUAUUUAUAGUUAUAGUUAUAGGUUUUAUUGUAGCUUGGCGGAUAAGAAAGAACUCAAGCAGUCGUAGGGCAGACAGACACGACAUGGGUUCAGACGCUCAUGAGGUUGAACCUAUGAAUAAUUAAUAGCUGAUAAUAAUGAUAAAGCAGUUGGUAUGUGACACAACUGUAAAGCUGUAACAGCUGCAACUGCUUGAGCUUUAGCGCUAAACACAGAGUCAGUGGAGGAGAUUGAUGCUUUCAUUUUUGCUGCCACAACUUUAGACAGAAGAAAGUAAUAAAUAAGCAGAAGACUGUAAAGGAUUUGGUUGAAUAACAGAGAACAGAAUGGAAUCAUGUAGAUUGAGUGAGUGUGUGUUGCUGUAUUUCCUGCUGAUCACAUUAAGCCUAUAACAGUUUUAUUUUACAGCUGUUAGGAUGUAUUUCUUGGGGAAACAUCAUUAGCCGCGUUUCCACU